AUGCGGCCACUACCUAUGGGAAUUUAUACGCCUUUGCCGUGUUUCUUCGGCGAUAAUGAGGAUAUUGAUUUCGAGGCUUUCCAGAGACAUGUGAAAUUCAUUGCGAAUGCCGGAACCAUACCAGUAGUUUCUGGGUCUAUGGGCGAGGCUAUCCAUUUGAACCGCGAAGAGAAGAAGAGCCUUAUACAAUUUGCUCGUAUCGCUCUGGAUGAGGUGAAUCUGCAGGACAUCCCAAUUGUCGCAGGUGCUGGAGGAGCUAGUACUCGCGAGUCUGUUCAACUUUGCAAAGAUGCUGCAGAAGCUGGCGCAGAUUAUGUGAUGAUUAUUCCUCCAGGGUACUACGCCCAAGCCCUUUUGGCGGAUACCACCUCGAUCAAGAAGUUUUUCGUGGAUAUCGCAGAGGCAUCGCCCUUGCCAGUCAUCAUAUACAACUUCCCGGCCGUGUCAGGAGGAAUUGACAUGGAUAGCGAUCUAAUUGUGCAGAUAAUUAAGUCUUCCGCUAAUGUUUGCGGCGUGAAACUGACAUGCGCUAAUGUGGGCAAGUUGACUCGAAUCAUGGCUCAAGUUUCGAGCCCAGAAUUCCAGAACGCUUUCCCUCGGUCGUCAACAACUCCCUUUCGGGCCAUCGAUGGUUUUAUUGACUUCUUGCUUCCAUCCAUUUCCGUUGGAUCAGCGGGUGCGAUCAGUGGCUUGCCAAACAUAGCACCGAAAUCCUGCGUGAGACUGUGGAAUCUGUGCCAAAACAGCGAGUCCAGCAAAGAAGCAACUGGGCUACAGCAGUUGAUUGCUCUUGCAGAUGGAGUGGCACUAAAAAUUGGAAUUGCGGGGAUGAAGAAGUUGUUGCAUCGUCACUUUGGGUAUGGAGAUAGACCCCGGCUGCCACUGUUGCCGAUGGACGACAAUGUGGCGGACGCAGCUCUAUCGAGCCCGCAUCUGAAAGCAUUGUUGGAUUUAGAAGCCACGCUGGGAAGGGAACAAGCAAUAACAAAGUCUGAGCCUGCAAAAGUGUGUUCCGCCCCCGCUUGCCUCUGA